UCGCUGUUUUUGUUUUUGUGACGAUAACCAAGAGGCCUAUACAACGAGGAGCCCUAAAGGUCAUCUUGUAUCGUUUUAUUUUUUCGUUGAGGGAACAUAUUAUUAUCUCUUCCGUUGCAAAGAAGAACAUAUCAAUGAAGGCUGUUAAUCUCGUUCUGAUUUAGGUUGGCCAGACAUCCGGCUGCAACAUGGAGGCAAAAAUUUUCGCCUGCUUCUUUAUUUCUUUAUUCGGUCUGUGUUGUGCACAAGGAAGCAGCAACUUUCGUGAAAUUGAAUAUGAAGGAGGCGACGAGUCUUAUUUUUGCGCCAAAAGAAACAGAAGAAUUUUCAGUGCUCCAGAUUUUGGAGAUCGAGAGGAAAAUCUGAGUUUUGAAGGUUGUGGAAUUUGGUCAUCAAGAGACCCUGGAAAUAAAUUUAAGCAGCCGUGGCAAAUCGUCGUCAGGGUCAGGUCAAAAAGUUACAUUUGCCGAGGGAUCUUAAUUUCAGCCCAGGCCGUAAUCACUCCUCACGAAUGCCGAGAUGUGGUUGAUCAUUACAUAAGGACUAGAAAUUCAAAUGAAAUGCAAAUUUACGGUGGCGAUUCAUGCGCAGACACUGAAAGUGAGGACGGAAAGUGUUUUGCCCGAUUGCGUCUUUUGGAGAACAUUAAGGUUAUUGGAUUAAAAACUCUACGAAAAAUGUCACCACACACAGAUUAUUUUUUAUGGACCACAAAUAAAAUAAAAUUCGCUAAUAAUUUAUUGCCGAUUUGUCUCUACAAUCGCGAUAACUCGGACGAUUUUUAUUCGUCUCAAAACUAUUAUGGAACUUACUUCGGCGACGACGCAGAGUGGGCAGAAGUUUAUAAGCCAGAAGAUUGUUGCCACACGGAGGAAUAUCUGAGAUUUUGGGGAGAAAAUAUAAACUCUUUAAUAUGCACAAAGUCCCCUUGCCAAUUUUUCCUUAUAAAUCGAGAAACGCAACAGGGCCAAACUCGGCACUACCUGAGGGCGCUCAGGAGUUUCUAUUCGACCAAGCCGUCAGGUACAAAGGUGUGCUCCUCGAUGGACAUCAACUUUUGGUUGGAGGAAAUCAUCUCAUUGGUGCCGGACUUGAUUCUCAUGCCUAAAAUUCCUUCCACAAAACCAAAAAUAGAAUUUAGAUCGGGGUUGAGUUUUCCUAACUGCGGAAAAAUCCUGACGCAGAUAAACGCGGCCAUCAAAAGGCCUAGAAGGUCAACCGAGUUGCGACCCACGGGAUUUGUCUUUGGAGGGUUAGACGCAGAAAUUGGAACGUCCCCUUGGCAUGCAAGCCUUACUUUCCACGGAAAGGCAGGGGUCACCAUUGACGCGUGCGGCGGAACUUUGAUCUCCAAUAGAGCAAUUGUAACAGCGGCCCACUGCUUCUUUGAGAGCACAGGUGGGAGAGUGGUGCAGUACACUUCAAAUCAGGUCGAAGUUACCCUGGGAAAAUACGACGCUGAAAAAAGGACGGAAGAUUCCAGACAAUCAUUUUACCCGAAUCGAAUUUUGGUUCACUCAGGUUACGAUCACGUGACCCAAACGUUUGAGGACGACAUUGCCCUACUUAUUUUCGACAGCUCGAAAGUCGAACUGACAGAAAUGGUCCAGCCGGCGUGUUUGUGGGAUCAAGAUUAUAGCAUCAGUAGCAUCUCGCAUAAAACUGGAGAGGUUGCCGGUUAUGGGAAAACCGCUGAAGAUAUUCGCGCCACUGUAUUGCAAAAGGUGGAAUUGAACAUCGCUUCGCACAGGAAUUGCUUCCUCCAGCAGAGACAGUUUUUCGGAAAGUUCUUAAAACCCACCAUGAAUUUCUGCGCUGGAAAACCAAAUGAGGCGGCUACGUGCAUUGGUGACAGUGGAGGCGGUCUGACAAUUUACAGGGACGGCCGACACUAUUUGCGAGGGGUCGUCAGUUCUGGAAUUUUAAAACAAGCGAUUAUUAAUGAAAAGGUGGAGACAGUUUGCAACCCCAAAUAUUACUCGCUCUUCACCGACGUAACAAAUUAUAUGGACUGGAUUGUAAGAAAUGUGCCUGAUAUUCAGGGAAAAUAAAAUAUUUUCUGUCAUAGUUCAAUAUAUGUAGUUCUAAAAUUUUACAAAAUAAGUUUUGAGGACUUUGAUGUAGUGCAUUUCAACGCAGCGGUGCAAAAAAAACUGCUGAAUUAAAUCUGAAAAAAAAAUCCCAUUACCACGAGAAUUUUUUUACGAAAAGUCUACUUUGCUGAAAUACUUAUCCCUGCCGUGACUUGAUAAGAUAGUUUACAAUCUGGAUAAUCAAUAAACAGAAAGAGUUCCAUAAAUCCUCUUUCAAAG